AUGAUGCCUCAGUUUACGUGUCAGCGAUAACACUGACGACGGGUCCCAACCAUCUCCACGCCAAUACGGGACAAACAUCGCCCACUCUCUCUCUCCCGCCACAUUACUCUUUAAAUGGUGUGAGGUUCUACGAUAUCGGUUUUGAAUCCCUGAGAGCAUCAGGAGCAAGAAGGGAGAGGCAGCAGCCAUGUUGAGGAAGGUGUUGGUUUGUGUGAUGACGGUGGUGGCGGUCCAGGCCUUCUACCUCCCCGGCCUCGCUCCUGUUAAUUAUUGCAAAAAAGGUAACGACGAGGAAGCCAAGUGUCAGUCUAAUGUGCCCCUCUAUGUAAAUAGGCUGAAUUCAGAAGAGUCAAUCAUCCCUUACGAGUAUGAACAUUUCGACUUCUGUAAAGCUACGGAUCACACUGAAACUGUUGUUGAAAAUUUGGGCCAGGUGAUGUUUGGCGAGCGCAUUCAACCCUCUCCCUACAAGAUUGAGUUUUUGAGUUCACAGAAGUGUGUUACAGUUUGCAGCAAGAAUUAUGACCCUGCUAUUAAGGAAGAUAAGCAAAAGCUUAAUGACCUUAAGAAAGCCAUGAAUCUCAACUACUACCAUCACUGGAUAGUUGACAAUAUGCCAGUGACUUGGUGCUACUUAGUGGAAGGAGGCAGUGUUUUCUGUGCUACUGGCUUCCCUGUUGGAUGCUUUGUAGACAAUUCAAAGCGGCCUAAGGAUGCCUGUGUUAUGGAUAAACGAUACAAAAAUCCAAACACUUACUAUCUUUUCAACCAUGUGGACCUGAAUAUUACCUACCACAGUGGUGAUGGGGAGGAAUGGGGUGCAGCUCUUAAUGGCCCUGGAGGACGCAUUCUUUCUGUACGUGUCAUGCCAAGGAGCAUUAAGCAUGCAAAAGCAGCUAGAGAGGAAGACUCGUGUGAUACUACAGAUGUUAUGGGGAUUGAUGCAGACUUUAAAACAAAAGUUGAGGUCAAAUACUCCUAUAGUGUAACUUUCACGAAGAGCUCUGGGAACAACCGCUGGUCAUCUCGUUGGGACUACAUUCUGGACUCCAUGCCUCACACAAACAUCCAGUGGUUCAGCAUUCUUAACUCACUGGUGAUCGUGCUCUUCUUGUCUGGGAUGGUAGCAAUGAUAAUGUUGCGCACACUACAUAAGGACAUUGCUCGCUACAACCAGAUUGAUGCUGGAGAGGAUGCUCAAGAGGAGUAUGGCUGGAAGUUGGUUCAUGGCGAUGUGUUCCGCCCACCCCGCCGUGGGAUGCUUCUCUCCGUGUUGGUUGGUUCUGGCACGCAAGUGUUCAUAAUGACUCUAGUUACACUGCUGUUUGCUUGCCUUGGGUUCCUUUCCCCUGCCAACCGUGGAGCACUGAUGACAUGUGCUAUGGUUCUGUAUGUUUGCCUUGGGUUCCCUGCUGGAUACAUUGCUGCUCGUCUUUACAAGAGCUUUGGUGGAGAGAAAUGGAAAACUAAUGUACUUCUGACCUCUAUGUUGUGCCCUGGUAUUGUAUUUGCCCUCUUCUUCAUAAUGAACUUGAUUCUGUGGUACAAGGGAUCAAGUGCUGCUGUUCCAUUCACUACUCUACUGGCUCUUCUGGCACUCUGGUUCUUGGUGUCAGUUCCACUCACUUUUGUUGGCUCCUUCUUUGGCUACAGGAAGAGGUGCUUAGAAAAUCCAGUACGAACCAACCAGAUACCUCGCCAGAUUCCAGAGCAAAGCAUAUACACCCAACCUCUUCCUGGCAUCAUCAUGGGUGGUGUCCUGCCCUUUGGCUGCAUCUUCAUACAACUUUUCUUCAUUCUCAACUCAAUCUGGUCAUCACAAACCUACUAUAUGUUUGGUUUCCUCUUCCUAGUGUUCCUGAUUCUGGUCGUCACCUGCUCUGAGACUACUGUGCUGCUCUGCUACUUCCAUCUAUGUGCUGAGGAUUAUCACUGGUGGUGGCGAAGUUUCUUAACUUCUGGAUUCACAGCCUUUUAUUUGUUUGUGUACUGCAUUCAUUAUUUCAUCACCAAACUGAGCAUAGAGGGUGCGGUAUCCACCAUGCUGUAUUUUGGAUACACUGCAAUCAUGGUCUUCCUCUUCUUCCUUCUCACAGGAACCAUUGGCUUUAUUGCUUGCUUCUGGUUUGUACGAAAGAUCUACAGUGUAGUGAAGGUGGAUUAAAAUUUAAAACCUGUUUACUCUUGGAACAAGUCUUCAGUGUUUUGACAGAGUCCAUCUUGGCCAUGGCAAUGCAGAUGUAAAACACAGUGAAGUUUCUGCUUAUGAUCAUUUCAAGUCAUGGAGCAAGUACAGGAUUGAGUUAAUUGCUAUCCACCAUACUUGGAUAGUCUGUCUCAGAUACUGUAACUUAUGGGCAUUAAUGUUAGAUUCACCUUGUAUUAACUUAGUAUGGACAAGACCUUAAGAUAUUCAAAUUUAGGAAAUGAUUACUAAUAUGAGUGUGCUUGAAUACCUGUAAAAUUAGAAUAUCAUUUCAUGUAAAUUAAGCUGAAUAUAAAUCUUUGAAAGUUUAAAAAAAUUCUUUAAUUAUCAAGUUUAAGUUUUAGUAUUGGGCACAAUGAACAUACUUUUAGUAUGUUUUAGUAAACAGCUUUAUUUUCAGUAUUUAAUAAGAUUAUACAAAAUUGCUAGAUGCAUAGAAUUAAAAAAUACUUUUUUUUUUAUAUUGACCUAUUCAUUAUUUCAAAUUUGUAUCAUAUUGUAUUUGCUGUGUAUGUAUGUACAUCUAUAAAUUGAUUACGUAAAUGAACCAAUUAAAAACAAUCUCAAAUUCAAAACGUCAAAAUAUGAUAUUUGAAAGUAAUUUUUUUUUCUAGGUUUCAGGUAGCUAUAAAUGAUAGUGAUUGGUAUAUAGGGCAAUAUCUUUAAUACUUUAAAUUCUUUUAAUUAAACAUUUACCGAAAGGGUAGGUCUCGGUUGAAGAUAUGCUUAGCUACUACAGUGUUGUAAUAUCAUAUAUUGCAAGUAAUGUAGUCUAGAAUUCUACCUAGGAUUCUGUUUCCUUCGUGGUGUGAAGUGUUUGCAACCUGUCUCUUCUCAAACUUCCACACAAACUGCAAGAGCUUUUUCUCAAAGGGCCUCCAAGGACAUUAACCAUAACUUGAACAAUAAUGGUACUGUACAGACAUCGUGUUUGUGUGUCCACUAAAUUGCAGUGACAUAAGUAGUUGCAUUUCAUUUUUAGUUAUAAAGUAAUUUAAUGUUUGGGAUUACAAUGCUGGGCAAUUAGUUUAUUAACCCUGGUGUAAUGAAGGGUAAACAAGUAGGACACAGUUUGUCUUUUAGAGUUUUGCAUUUUUUAAAAUUUGUUCAUACAUUUUUGGGGGACACGAUUCAAAUCUAAAUUAUUCCUCUGCAUUGUUCUGAAAGAAUGCUUCCAAUGAAACGAAGGCAGCAUCUCUUGAAGCAUAUCAAAAUCUAUUGUGUACAAUACAAGUAAAUAUAAUUGUAUUUUUUCUUUCAUUUCCUUAAAGGAAAUAAGUGAUGACCAGAUAGUGCUAAUCUCUAGAGGUGCAAUAAAAAUUACUGGUCAUGUGUCCUGAAAACAGCAAGAUGCUGUUACUGUGUAAUUAUUCUAAACUGGAUUUCAUUGUAUUGAAUGAAACAUUUAAGUCAAAUUGCACAAAUUUGAAUUAUCAUUAAGGAUUAUAAGUUAUUGUUGAGCUCUGGAUAGUAAAAUAAAAAAAACUAUAACACUUUCAAAACUUAAAUUGUUGACUAGUAAUUAGGGAGCAAUUCCUACAAUGUUUAAAUGAGCUAAGUAUGUUUGUUGCUAGUGAUCAUCUUUGCUCUAUUUCUGGCCAUUGUAGUCUUGUGUGUGGCUGGUGAUAUGUUUGUGUUUGUUUGCAAGGUGUGACUGGUGAUUUCUGUAUAUAUUUAAAUUUUGUAUUUUGAAGCACGAGUGACUUUUUAUGUGUAUCUGGAUCUUCAGUUUUAUUUUGAUUUAGAGUAUUGGUUGAUAGAAUUCAAUUUCCACAAUUUGCAUUAACUUUGUAUUGAAUGGCAACUGUAAAAUUGUUUGAGGUUUGUGAAAAGUAGGAGAUGUAUAUAACACAUUAUAUCAUGCUUCUCCAACUUGUAAUUUGUUUUACUUGUAUACAUAUCCCAAUGGUAUGUGGAGCAUUUCAUAAUUUUUGUCUUGAGCUUCCCAGUUACAUUAAACGAGAUAGAACUUGAUGUACAGCAGUGGGUGCUUCAUUGUUAUUUAUUUUUAGAUUUUUUAGUUCUCUGUUGUAUAGUACAUGGUAUCACAUCAUGGCAGGAAUGGCUUAUAGAAUCCAACUUCUGUUUUCUAGCCAGCGUUGCUUCAACCAGUAUUUCAGUGCAUUGGGAAGAAUUUGAAUGAGUCAUUAGAUAAUAUUUGCAGUGAAACUGUAGGGUAUUAGGAGAUUCUUGGAACUUCAGUGCUGUGUGCUUGUGUGAUAUUCAAAUGUAUAUGCAUUGCAUGAACAGCUGACCAGUAUGCAUAUUUGUUUACUCUAAUUUCUAUAUGAAAAAGAAGAAACAAUUGAAGGGUUUUUGGAGUGAGACUAAUUUUUUCCAGUUGUCACUCAAAAGAACUUUUCUUCCCAUCUUGAAGUGGAGAUUGAAUUUGUUCACACUCUCCCUACUUGUUAUGGUUUACUUUCACUUCAAUUCUUGAACUGAAUCAUCAUUGUUAAUGAUCCAGUUUGCCGUAAUGUGAAGCAUUUUCUAAGCAUACAGUAUUAUAUUUUAAAUUAUCAUUUUAAGUGGAAAAUCUUCAUUGGAGAAUAAGAGAUCUAUAUUAAUCUGUGAAAGAUUUCAAAGUUUAUUGAUUUGAUGUCUCGUUCAACGUGAAAAUUUAUUUUGGUACUGUAUUACGUAGUCUAAUAACCUUGGUUGAUUGCUGCUUUUUGGGGACUAUGGCAUCUAUAAAUUUGAUGCUUUUAUGUAAUUUUACUAAAGGCACUGCAAAUAAGCAGAUCAAAUGUAAUACUGUACAGUAUCAUAUUUCUUUCCAUGAUUGUUUCCCAUUGUGUUUACUUGGUUAAAGAAAUGGUUUAAAGUUAAUUGCAUAAUUAGUAAAUUUUUGCUGUGGUUUUUAUAAUUUUAAAUGAUUUAUAUAUUGCUCAUUGGUGGUAUGUAUCAAAAGUAGACCACAUUCCUAUUUCUACACUGCAAUCCGUCACUUUUACGAUGGCCAUUUCUUCUGGAUAUUUUUGUAAAAGUUUGAUUAUAAUAUAUCAAUGAAUAUUA